UGGCUAUGUGACUUUGCAGAUUUUCUGAAAGGCAGUUCUCAAUCACUCUGUUGAUAAGAGAUGGAGUCAGUUGAACUGGUCCUGGAGGGCCCGAGGUUACAGAAUGACAAUAGAGAAAUCCCUCAAUUUAGUGAUCAUGGUCACCGAUCAAGGAAAAACCCCUGCUGAAGGAAUCCCCUCCUGUGGCAAUGGCCGCCACACUAGACUGAGAAUCAUCUCCUGGAUGGUCAUCCCCCGGUCCCUAAAAAAGGCACUGACCUCGACCAAAUGGAGGGAGGUCAGAACCUGAAAGGACCCACAAUUGGAAGAGUCUGUGAUCCAUGGAAACUGUGAGCCCCAGGUGGCUCGUGUGGCUACCAUACCCGGUUCCAGAGGAGGCAGGUCCUUGAAGGUGCCGGCAGCUGGCUUGGUGCUCCUCUCAGCUGCCCACCAUGGCCUGGGGGCUGCCCAGCACUGCGGGCCUGGUGCGCUUCUGCCAGAAGCUGAACCGGCUGAAGACAGUGGAGGAGACCACCAGGGAGACGUCGCUGCGGCGCCACCUGACCACGCUGGACCUGACCCUGCUGGGUGUGGGUACCAUGAUGGGCUUCGGCCUCUAUGUGCUCAUGGGCACCGUGGCCAAGGAGAUGGCCGGCCCUGCGGUGGUCGUGUCCUUCACUGUGGCUGCCGUGGCCUUCCUGCUGGCAGCCCUAUGCUACACGGAGUUCGGGACACGUGCAUCUGGCAGGGACUGUGCCUACCUGUUUACCUACGUGUCCAUGGGUGAGCUGUGGGCCUUCCUCAUUGGCUGGAUCGUUCUCCUCCGGUGCCUCAUUGCUGGUGCUGCCAUGGCCCACACCUGGAGUGGCCACCUGGACGUCAUCUUCAGCCACCGCAUCCACAGCUUCACUGAGGCCCAUGUGGGCAUCUGGCAGGUGCCCUUCCUGGCCCAGUACCCAGACUUCUUGGCUGCUGCCAUCCUACUUUUAAUCUCCACAUUCGUCCCCUGUGGAGCCCAUGUCUCUUCCUGGCUCAGGCGCACCUUCUCUGCCAUCAACCUGGUCAUUGUCCUCUUCAUCAUCAUCCUGGGGUGUGUCCUGGCCCGCCCGCACAACUGGAGCGCUGAGGAAGGGGGCUUUGCACCCUUCAGCUUCUCCGGCAUCAUGGCUGGCACUGCCACCUGCUUCUACACCUUUGUGGGCUUUGGUGUCAUUGUUGGCUCCAGCGAGGAGGCCCGGAACCCGCAGCGAGCUGUGCCUAUAGCAAUUGUCAUCUCGCUUGGCCUAGCAGCUGGCACCUACAUUCUCGCCUCCACUGUGCUCACCCUCAUGGUCCCCUGGCACAGCCUGGACCCUGACUCGGCGCUUGCUGAUGCCUUCUACCAGCGGGGCUAUAGCUGGGCGGGCGUCAUCGUGGCGGCUGGUGCGAUCUGUGGCAUGACCACUGUCUUGAUCAGCAACCUCUUUUCCCUGCAACGCAUGGUCCAUGCCAUGGCCGUCGAUGGGCUCAUCUUCCAGGUGUUUGCCCACGUGCACCCCCGGAUACAGGUGUCUGUGGUGGGCAUCCUGGUGUUUGGGGUCCUCAUGGCUUUGCUGGCUCUGCUGCUGGACCUCGAGGCACUGGUCCAGUUCCUGUCCUUCGGUGUACUGCUGACCUAUACCUUUAUGGCCACCAGCAUUAUGGUGCUACGCUUCCAAAAGUGCCCUCCAUCCAGUUCCUCGGGCCCAGCCAGCCCUGGCUCCGUGGCCAGGGAGUAUGAUGACUCAUCAGGCCACACGGAGCUGGUGGGCACAGAGCAGGCCUCAGCCCCUGAGCCCGGGCAGCUGCGACCAGCCCUGAGAUCCUACCUUGGCUUCCUGGGUGGGUGCCGGCCUGGAGCCACCGUGGCUUGGGCACUCGGUGUCCUGGUGGCCUCGGCCAUCACUCUGGACUGCGUGCUGGUCUUCGGGGACUCGGCCCUGCACCUCCCUCUCUGGGGGUACACCCUGCUGCUCCUGCUCAGCUCCGUCAUGUUUCUGCUCAGUCUCCUUGUCCUGGGGGCCCACCAUCAACAGCGACGGCAGGACACCUUCCAGGUUCCCCUGGUGCCCCUGACUCCAGCCCUGAGCAUCCUCCUCAACAUCUUCCUCAUGCUGCAUCUGAGCUCCCUGACCUGGCUGUGCUUCUCCAUCUGGCUGCUGAUUGGCUUGUGCCACCCUUGCAGGACUCGCGGUGUAUUUUGGCUACGGCAUCCGGCACAGCAAGGAGAACCAGCGGGAGCGGCCGAGGUUGACUGCCACACGCGGCAGCCUGGAGGAGACGGUGCAGGCCCUGCAGCCCCUCAGUCAGACACUGGCCCAGGAUCCUGGCCACACGGAGCAGCCUGCCAGUCCAUGAGGACCGCUGGGGGCCUGCCUGCCCUUCCCCAUUGGCUGGCAGCCUCUUCUAUUCAGGGCGGCUCAUGUUUCCAGGGGUGCCAAUGCCGGGGGCUCCUCAGGACCUUAGCCCAGGUGCCAAGCUUCGAGUCCUUGGGAGUGGGCUUUGGCCAGCGCUGGUGUGGUGGACUCUUUGCCCGGCGCCUUCCAGUUUAUGACCAACUCCAGCUACCUGGGCAGGUGGAGUAGGGCGAGCAGAGAAGAGGCCUGCAGACCCAGUGAUCCACAAUAAUAGCUGUUCGGCCAGCCAGGUGGUCUGU